AUGGUGUUCCGUGGCAAAAUCAACUCAAAAACGAGAGCCUAUGCAUAUUAUUUGCGAGUUGAAGGCUCUUUAUCAUAUCGAGAAAUUUCGAAAAAAUGUCAUAUAUCGCCGUCAAGUGUUGUUUGCAUAUGCAAGGAAGCUUUGGCCAUAAAAAAGCAAAAAAAGACAACGGGCCGACCACCAAUUAUGAGCAGAAGAGAAAAGCAGCGAUUCAUAAGGACAUUCCAGCAGCUAAGGAAUGAAAAUGCCAACGUAACUGUACAUGAUGUUGCAAAAGAAUGCAGUGUAACCAAAGUCAGUUACAGAACCCUGGUGCGAUUAAUGAACGAAAAUGGAUAUAGAUGCUUACAACCACAACAAAAAGGUUUGCUGUCAGAAAAAGACAGAAGGAGGAGGCAAUGUUAUACCAGGCAAGCAAUUCAAAAAUAUGAUCGGAAAUUCUGGACAGACGACGUCCUUCUCUAUUUGGAUGGUGUUUCUUUCGUUCACAAACGUAACCCCUAUAGAGACGCUUUGACGCCAAAAGGGAGAAUUUGGAGAAGAUCCAAUGAAGCUCUCAAGCACACCACAAAGGGGUCCAAAAGCUUACCUGAAGGGCAGAGACUCCAUCUUCUAGUUGGUGUUGGGUUCACAAAUGGCGUUGUCAUUGCAGAAGAAUAUCAAAAAUUCAAGGCAGAAUGGUUUGCAAGAUUUGUUCACAAAACUUUACAUCCUACACUAAUUGAAAUCAAAUCAAAGGAGAAAGAAAAGCUAUUUUUUUUAAUGGACAAUGAUCCAAAUCAGAGGAGCAAACUCGCUACCGAUGCGUUACACGAUGUAGGGGCAGAGCUCAUAGAAAUACCCCCAAGAUCACCCGAUUUGAAUCCGAUUGAAAAUAUUUUCAACAAGGUUAAGUCUCAGUUGGUAAAAGUCUCAUUAUAUUUGAAGAUCGAAAAAGAGAGUUUCGAAGAAUUCUGUGUUAGGGUUUUGCAGACACUUUUCAAUUUCGAUUCCUCCAUCAUCGAUCGUACGGUAGCAACGAUGCAUGAUCGUCUUAAAAUUAUAGCCAAAAAUGGAGGGUAUCGAACCAAGUAUUGA